AUGGGUUUCUUCAACCGCCUCAAGCAGGGUCUCAAGAAGACCGGCUCGCUGCUGAAGACCGACAUCCGCGACCUAUUCAAGAGCGAGGGGCGGCUGGUCGACGACGACUUCCUCGAAGAAGCGCGCGGCAUCCUGUUCCGCACCGACAUGGGGUACGACUCGACCGAGGCUUUGGUCGAGGAGAUCGCCACGAAGCUCCGCGGCCGCGUCGUGCAGCUCGAGGAGAUCGUCGAAGUCCUCAAGGCGAAGCUCAAGGAUCUGAUGGCGCAGCCGGUCACGCCGAUCGAGUACGCCUCGUUGGGCCCGACUAUCGUCAUGGUUUGCGGCGUCAACGGCGCGGGGAAGACGACCUCCAUCGCGAAGCUGGCGAGCCAGUUCAAGAGCGAGGGCAAGACCGUGCUUCUCGGCGCCGGCGACACGUUCCGCGCCGCGGCGGUCGAGCAGCUCACCAUCUGGGCCGAACGCCUCGGCUGCGGCAUCGUCACCGCGCCCCAGGGGACGCACCCGGCGACGGUCGGGUACCAGACCGUCGAGCGCGCCGUCGCCGAGAGCGUGGACGUGGCGAUCGUCGACACGGCGGGCCGGCUGCAGACCCAGUCCGACCUGAUGGCCGAGCUGACGAAGAUCCGCGGCGCGAUCCAGAAGCCGCUCGAUGGCGCGCCGCACGAGGUGCUGCUCGUGCUCGACGCGACCACCGGCCAGAACGGCGUCAGCCAGGCGAGCAAAUUCGCCGAGGCGGCCGGCUGCACCGGCAUCGUCUUGGCGAAGCUUGACGGCACGGCGAAGGGCGGCGUCGUCGUCUCGAUCCGCCAGCAGAUGGGGCUGCCCGUGAAGUACGUCGGCCUGGGCGAGGGCCACGAGGACCUCGCGCCCUUCGAGCCGGACGAGUUCGUCGAGGCGCUCUUCGCCGACGUGCUCGGCGCGACGGCCGCCGCUACGGACGCUUGA